AUGGCCAUUAUCCCGGCUGCAUUCAUCGUCAUGAUCCUGGGUAUCUACUUUGUCCAGCAUGAGAUCAUCCUCGGCAUCAUUCCAGUUAUUGUGUGCUACUUGGGCUUCGUCGCAUACUUCGUCAGUCGACUGAUCGUGCUUAAUGGGAGUGAAUGA